UGGGUAGAGCCAACAGAAGUCAUUACAAAACCAAGAAUAGUCAACGCGGAGGUGGACUGAAGAAGAGGUGCAACUCAACCGCCACUCCAAUCCAAAGCUGAAAAGAUUAAAGGUCAAAUUCCGCCGUACUAAUCUCGUCGGAAGUAACCCCAUCGGAACCGAUCUCAUCGGAAAUAAUUAGGGCACGGCGAUGGUGAAGGAGACCGGAUACUACGAUGUGCUGGGUGUCAGCCCCACUGCUACCGAGGCUGAAAUCAAAAAGGCUUAUUAUGUGAAGGCAAGACAAGUUCAUCCAGACAAAAAUCCGAACGAUCCCUUGGCAGCACAAAAUUUUCAGAUUCUGGGUGAGGCUUAUCAAGUUCUUGGUGACCCAGCACAAAGACAAACUUAUGAUGCCUAUGGAAAAUCAGGAAUUUCAACAGAAUCAAUUAUUGAUCCUGCAGCCAUCUUCGCUAUGCUUUUUGGAAGUGAGCUUUUCGAGGAAUACAUUGGCCAACUUGCCAUGGCAUCAAUGGCUUCCUUGGAUGUUUCAACAGAAGAAGACUUUGAUGCUAAAAAGUUGCAGGAGAAAAUGCGGACUGUCCAAAAGGAAAGGGAAGAGAAGCUUGCUCUUUCACUCAAAGAUAGACUCAACCUCUAUGUCCAAGGAAAUAAAGAAGAAUUUAUCCGUCAAGCUGAGGCUGAAGUGUCAAGGCUUUCAAAUGCUGCUUAUGGCGUGGAUAUGCUUAGUACCAUCGGUUAUAUAUAUGCAAGGCAGUCAGCAAAAGAGCUUGGGAAGAAGGUGAUAUUCUUGGGUGUUCCAUUUGUUGCUGAAUGGUUCAGAAAUAAAGGACACUUUAUUAAAUCCCAAGUAACUGCUGCAACAGGUGCAAUUGCUUUGAUUCAGCUUCAAGAAGACAUGAAAAGACAGCUCAAUGCUGAAGGAAAUUAUACAGAGGAAGAACUUGAGGCGUACAUGCAAUCACACAAGAAAAUAAUGACCGACUCCCUCUGGAAGCUCAAUGUGGCUGAUAUAGAAGCCACCCUGUCUCGUGUUUGUCAGAUGGUUUUACAAGAUAACAGUUCAAAGAAAGAGGAGCUCCGUUUGCGUGCCAAAGGUUUAAAAACCCUUGGCAAAAUUUUCCAGCGAGUGAAAUCAGCUAACGAGAAUAACUCCGAAAAUACGUCCAAGGAUCCGACCCAUAAAUUAGAUGGAAGUCAAUCAAGUAGCAACACUGCUCCUUCAAGCACAACUUCAAGAUCUUUCAACAAUGAUCAGUUGUCGAAUACAUUUGCACCUCAGAGUCCAUAUGUGGAGACUCCCCAGUUCCCUGGAGCUGAAUUUAACAACUAUCCAAUGCCAACGGCACCACCUGGUGCCCACAAACCACUAUAAUAAAGCAUGUGCUUCAACAGUCGUAUGUGAGAAUUUGAAUUGUGAUGUAUGAUGGUAUGUAGUUAUCUUGUCGAGUGAUAAGUGAGUAUAUAUUAUUUGUUUGUCGCGAUUGUAUCAUGUGUAGUUCAUGUAUCAUUUUGUGCUACCAAAGUUGAGCUAGACUUUUAUGCAUUUAUCCAGGAUCGAGUAAACAUAUACAUUGUGUAGCAAUUGUUAUGAAUGAUUUUACAUCA